CAGAUUAGAUUAUUCCAUCGCGCUCAUGACUAAAUCAUCUAUCCCCACUCUCUCCCCAGAAACCAAGACUCAAUCAAAGCACCAGGGCCAAUCCUCUCGCGCCUUGAUCAAGGCGAGAGAGAUCCUUCCAUUACUUUAACCACCAUCGUACCCCCGUAGACCAGCUCCGCACGAGGAUUUAAACGAGCUCUCGGAGCCGAUCGAGGUCAGCAAAGCAACGCAAGCUAGCUCGCUCGCUCGAUCGGAACAAAGUCUCCGAUACGUGUGUGACAUCAACCUCGCGGGGCGCGCAAGCACAGCCGGCGGUGCGCGCGUGCCACCAUGACGAGGAGGAGCCAGUUAUCAUCGGCCUGCGUCCUUCUCCUGCUCCUGGUGCUGCUUGCGGGCCGGCAGCAGGCGGCGGCGAAGAAGUACGCCGCCAUCUUCAACUUCGGCGACUCCCUCGUGGACGCCGGCAACCUGGUUGUUGAUGGAAUCCCGGACUACCUCGCGACGGCGAAGCUGCCGUACGGCAUGACGUACUUCGGGUACCCCACCGGGCGAUGCUCCGACGGCCGUCUCGUCGUCGACUUCAUCGCGCAGGAGCUGGGUCUGCCGCUGCUGCCGCCGUCCAAGGCGAAGAACGCCACCUUCCACUACGGCGCCAACUUCGCCAUCACCGGGGCCACGGCGCUGGACAGGGAGUACUUCGUGGCCAAGGGUCUGGGUAAAACCAUCUGGAGCUCCGGCUCCCUGCACACCCAGAUCAAGUGGCUGCAGGAGAUGAAGCCCAAAAUCUGCAAAUCCCCCGAAGAGUGCAAGGACCUGUUCCGACGGUCGCUGUUCAUCGUGGGCGAGUUCGGCGGCAACGACUACAACUCCCCGCUGUUCGCGUUCCAGCCGCUGGAGGAGGUGCACAAGUUCGUGCCGGACAUCGUCGACUCCAUCGGCGAGGGGAUCGAGAAGCUGAUCGCGGAGGGGGCGGUGGAGCUGGUGGUGCCGGGGGUGCUCCCCAUCGGCUGCUUCCCGGUGUACCUCUCCAUCUUCCGCAAGCAGGCCGACGGGUACGGAGGCAAGAGCGGCUGCAUCAAGGACCUCAACACGCUCUCCUGGGUGCACAACGUCGCGCUGCAGCGCAAGAUCGCCCAGCUCCGGGAGAAGCACGCCGGCGCCGGCGUGCGCAUCAUGUACGCCGACUACUACACGCCCGCCAUCCAGUUCGUCCUCCAUGCCGAGAAGUGGGGGAUGCUGAAGCAGAAGCCGAGGGCGUGCUGCGGUGCGCCGGGGGUGGGGGUCUACAACUUCAACCUCACAUCCAAGUGCGGCGAGCCCGGCGCCUACUCGUGCGAGGACCCGUCCAACCACUGGAGCUGGGACGGCAUCCACCUCACGGAGGCGGCCUACGGCCACAUCGCCAGGGGCUGGCUCUACGGGCCAUUUGCCGAUCCCGCCAUCGUCGAGACCCGGAACCACCAGUAGAGUACAGAGUUAUUGUUUUGGCCUACUGCAUGAUAUACCUUGGCAUUGGUUACUGUAUGUAGAGAAAAAGAAGAGAAGGCAAAGGACAAACAUGAUGUUAAAAGAAAAGGAGUAAAGAACAGACAUGUCUUGUGCAGAUUAAUUAAUUGGUUCGAUUUGUGCUCUCCAAUUUGGGGUGAAAUGUA